AAAAAAAAAAAAAAAAAAAUGCAUCCAGAGGGGAAAUGUAAGAGUGGACUUUUUAUUUUUGGUCCCAAACUAUCCACCCACGGGGAUCUGCGGGGGAUCAACAGAUACUUGGUGGUUUAUGUGUUGUUUUACUUUGUGCUGGUCACUCAAGCCUCCCCGGCCAAACCGUGUGACAAGAGCUGUCUCUCUGGGAAAUGUGUGAAUGGAUCCUGCAUCUGUGACCGAGGAUGGGUGGGAGAUCAAUGCCAGCACUGCCAAGGGAGGUUCAAGUUGACGGAGCCCUCAGGAUACCUCACCGAUGGUCCAAUCAACUACAAGUACAAAACAAAGUGCACCUGGCUCAUUGAGGGCUAUCCAAAUGCAGUUCUUCGGUUAAGAUUUAACCACUUUGCCACAGAAUGUAGUUGGGACCACAUGUACGUCUAUGACGGAGACUCGAUAUACGCCCCCCUGGUCGCUGUUUUCAGCGGUCUCAUCGUGCCAGAGAUCAGAGGAAAUGAGACGGUUCCUGAGGUCGAGACCACUUCAGGCUACGCACUACUACACUUUUUCAGCGAUGCGGCCUACAACCUGACAGGCUUUGAAAUAUUCUACUCGAUCAACUCUUGCCCCAAUAACUGCUCCGGCCACGGGAAGUGCACCCCGGGUAACUCGGCCGCCAGCAGAGUGUACUGCGAAUGUGACAAGUACUGGAAAGGCGAGGCCUGUGACAUCCCUUACUGCAGGAACAACUGCGGCAGCCCCGACCACGGCUACUGCGACCUCACCGGGGAGAAGCUGUGUGUCUGCAACGAGAGCUGGCAAGGCCCGGACUGCUCGCUAACUGUUCCCUCAACCGAGUCCUUCUGGGUGCUACCAAGCGUCAAGCCCUUUGGCACAUCACUCGCCAGAGCUUCCCAGAAGGCCAUUGUGCAAGAAAAGGUCAUGUGGGUGGUGGGUGGAUACACCUUCAACUACAGCUCCUUCCAGAUGAUUCUCAACUACAACCUGGAGAGUGGCAUCUGGAACACUGUUCCAAUAAACAGUGGCCCUGUGCCAAGAUACGGCCACUCACUUUCUGCCUACCAGGAUGACAUCUACAUGUUUGGUGGGAAACUGGAGGCGGGCUGGGGUAAUGUGACAGACGAGCUGUGGGUGUUCAACGUACCGAGUCGGACGUGGCAGCGGAGAAACCCCGUGGUCGGCCCGCCGGCCCAGGCUCAGAUUUACGCUGUGGAGGGUCACUCGGCCCACUGCGUUCCACUAGAGGAGGGCGAGGCCAUCAUGCUGGUCCUCUUUGGCUACUCCCCCAUUUACAGCUAUAUCAGCAACGUCCAGGAGUACAACCUGAGGUCCAACACGUGGCUGGUGCCUGAGACUAAAGGCGCCGUUCCCCAGGGAGGUUACGGCCACAGCAGCACGUAUGACAGCGCCAGCGGCAGUGUGUACGUUCAUGGAGGCUAUAAGGCGCUGCCUGCCAACAAAUACGGCCUUGUUGAUGACCUCUACCGCUACGACGUUAACACCCGGACAUGGUUCGUUCUGAGAGAGAGCGGCUUCCCACGGUACUUGCACUCAGCCGUGCUCCUCAGCGGCACCCUGCUCAUCUUUGGCGGCAACACGCACAACGACACAUCACUCAGCAACGGCGCCAAGUGUUUCUCUGCUGACUUCCUCGCCUACGACAUUGCUUGUGAUGAGUGGAGGCUCCUGUCUAAACCAGACCUGCACAGGGAUGUCAACCGCUUUGGUCACUCUGCUGUGGUCAGCAAUGGGUCCAUGUACGUGUUCGGGGGCUUCUCCGGCGUGCUGCUCAACGAUGUGCUUGUUUACCGACCCCCCAGCUGCCAGGCCUUCCUGGCAGAGGACGGGUGUAUGAACGCUGGCCCAGGGGUCCGCUGCAUCUGGAGCAGAGGCCAUUGUCUCCCCUGGGAACUCAGCAUGGCUAAUGGGAGCCUCACUCCUGCCCCAUUCUGCCCCCCUAAAGCUAUAACUGUGGACGAGCGGUGCUACCGGUUCUCCGACUGCGCCAGCUGUACAGCCAACACCAACGGGUGCCAGUGGUGUGAUGACAAGAAGUGCAUCUCUGCCUCCAGCAACUGCACCUUGAACGUGAGGAACUUCACCGAGUGUCCAGUGCGGAACGAGCAGGUGUGCAGCAAGCUCGCCAACUGCAAGAGCUGCUCGCUGAAUCUCAACUGCCAGUGGGACCAGAAUCAGUCAGAGUGCCACGCUUUGCCUGCCCAGCAGUGCAGUGAGGGAUGGAGCCAGGUGGGGGAAGCCUGCCUGAGGAUCAACUCCAGCCGCGAGAGUUAUGACAACGCCCAACACUACUGCAAAAACCUCAAUGGGAACAUCGCUUCACUCACCACCUCCAAACAGGUGGACUUUGUGCUCGAGGAACUGAACAAGCUCCAGCAACAAGACAAGCGGCUGUCUCCAUGGGUGGGUCUGAGAAAAAUCAACGUGUCGUACUGGGGUUGGGAGGACAUGUCUCCCUUCACCAACGGCAGCCUGCGCUGGCUACCCGGCGAGCCCAGUGACUCCGGUUUCUGUGCCUACCUGGAGGAGCCUCAGGUGUCGGGCCUGAGGGCCAACCCAUGCACCGCCACUGCCCACGGCCUCAUCUGUGAAAAAGCUACCGGAAACCCCAAUCAGAGUACCCGUCUAUCCUGUAAGAAGCCCUGCUCGCUGCACACCAAUUGUGCCAACUGCACCAGCCAGGCCAUGGAGUGCAUGUGGUGCGGCAGUACGCAGCGCUGUGUCGACUCAACGGCCUACGUCAUCUCUUUUCCCUACGGCCAGUGUCUGGAGUGGCAGACUGGAGAUUGUGUGGCCCAGAACUGUUCAGGCCUGCGGACAUGUUCCCAAUGCCUGGAGCAGCCUGAGUGCGGCUGGUGUGGAGAUCCCAGCAGCACAGGGAAGGGCCUCUGCACGGAGGGGUCUUACCGAGGGCCAAUGAAGAGACCGGUGAAGCAGGGACAGCAGAUCCAAACAGGGGACAUGAUCCUGGAGCCGGGCAUCUGCCCCAAAGACAAGGGCUACGAGUGGGCCUUCAUUCAAUGCCCCGCGUGCCAGUGUAACGGCCACAGCACGUGUGUGAACGGCAGUGUGUGCGAACAGUGCCGCAACCUCACCACCGGUCCUCACUGCCAGACCUGCAUGCCUGGUUACCAUGGAGACCCGACCAAUGGCGGCAAAUGCCAGGCCUGCAAGUGUAAUGGUCAUGCAAGUGUGUGCCAGGUGUUAUCUGGCAAGUGCUUCUGCACCACCAAGGGGAUCAAAGGAGACCAGUGCCAGCUAUGUGACUCAGAAAACCGUUACCUUGGCAAUCCACUCCGAGGAACCUGCUACUACAAUCUCCUGAUCGACUACCAGUUCACCUUCAGUCUCAUCCAAGAAGAUGAUAAUCACUACACAGCUAUCAACUUUAUGGCCUCACCUGAGCAGGCUAACAAGAACUUGGACAUGUCCAUUAAUGCAUCCAACAACUUUAACCUCAACAUCACCUGGUCGGUGGGAUCAACAGCUGGAACCAUCUCUGGAGAGGAAGUGCCCAUCGUGUCCAAAACUAACAUCAAGGAGUACAGAGACAGCUUCUCCUGUGAGAAGUUCACCUUUAGAAGCAACCCAAAUAUCACCUUUUACGUCUACGUCAGUAACUUCUCAUGGCCCAUCAAGAUCCAGAUUGCCUUCUCCCAACACAACAGUAUCAUGGAUCUUGUCCAGUUCUUUGUGACGUUUUUCAGUUGUUUUCUAUCACUACUCCUGGUGGCUGCAGUGGUGUGGAAGAUCAAACAGACCUGCUGGGCGUCAAGGCGGAGAGAACAACUGAUGAGAGAGCGUCAGCAGAUGGCCAGUCGUCCAUUUGCCUCAGUUGCGGUCGCACUGGACACCAGAGGAGAAGAAACAGAGCUGCUGCAGCCCAUGGUUGAUGGUGCACCUAAGCCUGUAGCGAUGGAGCCGUGUUCCGGAGGUAAAGCUGCUGUGUUGACCGUCCUCAUGCGUCUCCCCUCUGGGCUCUCAGACUUACCUCCGCCAGGACAGUCAGGAAUCGUCGUUGCCAGUGCGCUGAUAGACAUUUCACAGCAGAAACCAUCAGAUUUUAAGGAAAAGUCCCUGGGUUUAAAGAACCGAAAAGCCUUUCCUCCAGCACACCAAGGCACCUGCGUCUGAGUCUCGACCCGUCAAUCCAUUCAGGUCCCUUAUUAUACCACCUGAGGCCACAAUGUUCCAAUAUGCAGCAGGUCCCAGUUGGAGGCCUUUCUAGAGACAAGACAUGGAAGAUAAUAUUUGGCUGCUACCACUCAAGUUUUCACUGAAACUUGCCGAGUC